CACUUCCCCGACUUCAGUCUCUCUCUCUCUUUCUUCGCUCGGAUCAGACAGACAGAACCCUAGGGUUUCUCCAUCUCUCUCUCUCUCUCGCAAUCGCGCAGGUCCUCUUCGCUUCGAUCUUCCACGCAUCCCGCGAUUCGCGAUCGUUUUUGCUUCCGAUUGGCUCCGGUUUCUGUUGCGAUCGCCGUUCGACGAUGGAUCAGGAGAAAUGCGAGGUGAGCGGAAUGGCGACGAGCUCGGAGGAAUCCGCGUUGGCGUCGCGGACACCUCGGAAGGUCGGCGAGCCUCCGCGGAGCCGGACUGAAGUCGUAGAUGACUUUAGGUACGAGACGAUUGUGGAGCUCUUUGAUCGCAUGACCUGCUCGCUGAGGUUGCUUCGUCUGUGUAAGAAGUCUCCCACGUUUUGGAAUGUCAGCGCUCAGGUGGAAGUUCUUGCGAAAAGAAAAUUUCUAUACAGCCAUCUUGCACAGAUUAAAUACUUACUUCCCGAAGUCAUACAGCUAGAGAAGCUCCUUAUAUACGAUAAGAAAACUUCAUGCAUGAGGCCAGAUAUGAAAAUCACAGUGCAACUUGAUGCCAUUGAGAUUUGCCGUGAACAAUCUGGCUUCGUGGCACUGCGGGAACUUUUCAAGUUGAGGCUUGUUGAUUAUUUCACUGACCAUCCGGAGGCUUCGGUUGUUCCAGAGGCCAUGUUACCUGGGCCUUUUAACCAAGGCAAUCAGAUCAUUGCCGUCCAAGAUACUCUUGGAGAUUCUGCGUUCCAACGUCAGUCAACAGUUGCUGAUGGUGUAAUAUUGCCGGAGGCAUCUGGUUUACCCGAGUCUUUUAGCAGACACUUUUCUCAGAAGGUUGUUGUAUCGGAGAAAACUCAACUUUUAGCAUCACCAGUUACCCUUUCUUCUUCCUCAUGCACCAAUCCUACCAAUCGGGAAUUGCAAGGCAGACAAGAGGGACACUUAAGUGGCGUAUGCCCUGAACCUAUCGGUGAGAUUAACCACAAUAUCAGUAUGGAGCUAGAGGAAGAAGCUUCUUCCAGUUGUUGUACGUCCACCUUCAUUGUUCCUAAUGUUGAAUCGCCUUAUCCACACUCAUCCGUUGACCCUAUCACCAAGGAAAGUCCUGCAGUCAGAUUUUCCUCAUCUUCUGGAACUUUAAGGAUUGACACACCCGCACAGAUGACACCAAAGAGAUCAAUAUCUGGUUGUGACAAUAUUAAAUCAAUGAGUAGCAAACAAUGUCAGUCAUGUCAGAAGCCUGCAAAAAGGUCUCUGGACUUCUCUUCUACAAAAGGUGAUAGAAGUUCCAUGGAUAGAUCAGAGACGUGCAAGCAUGUCCAUGAUUACAGCCCAUGCUCUCCGAAACUUGUGGAAGAAAAGAAUCUCUCAGGUUUUGCAGCGGUAUUGCAUCAGUCACAGGAGAAUGAGAGAGGUCAUCUUUCCAAGGCCGAAACUUCGACCAAAAGAAGUUUAAGAAUGUGCCAGGACCUUUCUUGCUUGAAUCGAAUUGCUGCCACUGUAAAUUAUGUUUUCCAGUCAGUUGGCUGCUCUUCAAUCACUAGAGAAGAGCUUGUACACAAGAUAAUAAUGAAUAACUUUGAAGUUCUUGAGAGAAAGGAGGUUGAAGAGCAGGUUGAGCUUCUUGGGAAAUUGUUUCCUGAUUGGUUCUGCCGAAGAUCAACACAUAGCGGAGAUAUUUUGUAUAGCAUAAGGGAAGGGACAAGCCUGGAGUCAAUUGCGUCGAGGCUCAUCAACAGUUGACAGUGUUGGGAAGCUACCGCAACUUACAGCAGGUAUUUCAUUUGUUGCAAAUUAGACUAGGAGGAGAAGGUGCCAUGAAAUGGUUCAGUUGACAUUGCUUGCGUCUCGAAUAUAUAGUCGAGGUUGUACUUUUUAACAGAUGCAACAGAUUCCCUAGUUACAUGUACUCGGUCCAUUUACAUUCUCGAUUCUUCUUCAUUGCAUCUAUAUGUUUUUUCAUUACCACACUCCAAUCAUGUACACAUUUCCUCAUCAUGCAUUCUAGUAUAAAUAGUUUUUUACACCAAA